AAACUCCAGCAAAAAACUAUUAAUUAGAUUGGAUCCCGCAAUUUCCACUAGUUUCGCAUAUUUGCUCUUUUUGAAUCACCCCCUUCCUCCUAGUGGAAUGCCCAAAAGAACUAUCUCGCUGCAAUCGCCGCCCUUGAAGAGACCCCAUCUCGAAAAGGACGGUGCUGCUGCUUACCAAGCAAGCGUCACCCAGACUUGGAUAGCCUGUGGCAGCUGUGCAAACGCCUUGGGCCUCACGGUAGCCGCCAUCAAAGCAUACGAGAAUGCCGUCCACCACGACGCCUCCUCGUCCACCGCCAUCUGCGGCUUGAGCUACUCGCUCAGGCUCAACGACAUCAACUUGAACGAGACGGUUGGGUCGCAAACGUCCAUAGAGCGCCUCAACAAGGCGUUGGAGCUCCAUCCAUCCUUGCUCAAGGAUGCUGGCGUGUUCAAGGAGUUGGCCGAGUGCUACUUGCUCAUAGGCCUCAACGACCAGGCCCACCAGGCCAUCCAGACCGCCAUCCAGUUGACGCCCAACGAUGCGUCGUUGUGGCUCCUAAGCGCCCAGACGUUGAUCCGUGCUGGUGCCAGAAGCCACGCGGCUGGCUCCUUGACCCACUGCUUGUCGAUCUUGCCUGAGUCGCUCAGCCAGUUCUCCAGCAGCGAUAUUGAAACCGCCCGAGCCGCCCACGCCGAAUUGGCAGCCAUUGCGACUGCCGAUGGCAACAUCGAAUUGUCGAUUGCCGAGUUGACGGCCACGUUGUCGUUGCCGCCACCUCCAUUGUCGCGCAUCGACGAGCACAUUGCCUUGUGGUGUGCGUUGGCCACGGUCAAGGAGCGUGCCAACGACAUCCCUGGCGCCAUCCAGGCGUGCGAAAGCGCAGAAAUAGCGGUGGGCAACUCGCCCCGUAUCUUGAUGACCCACGCAUACUUGUUGCUUUUGAACAACGACAAGAACAACGCCGAAAUCGCCAUCCAUUUGUUGAGCAAAAUCAUCGACUUGGAGAAGGAAAAGGACUCGGACCAGCCCGACACAGAGGGCGACUUCUUGCCAUGGUACUUGAUGGGUAAAGCGUACUCGUUGGUGGACCAGCCACGCUUGGCGUACGACUCGUACCAGGUGGCCUUGAGAAGAGCAUCCAACUCGCCCAUCACCUGGUUGGCGGUCGGCAAGUUGUACUUGCAAUUGAAGCAGUUGUCGGACGCAUUGGCUGCAUACUCGCAAGCGUUGCGCCUCCAGCUUGAAGAAGGCUCUCCCGGAACGGCCACCGCCUGGGACGGCUUGAGCUGUGUCUACGAACGCUGCGACGACCAGUUGAUGGACGCCUCCGACGCAUGUGCCAGAUCCGCAGCGUGCUUCAAGAUCGUGGGCGACAUCAAGAACGCCACAUACUUUGAGGACAGAGCAGACAGCUUGGUCAAAGCUUCCAAAAAGGAAGGUCCGGUACCUCCUUUGAGGGAUCCUCCAGAUGUCCCCAGCUUCAUGUUGCGGGACCUUGUUGCAUUAUUGCCUUCAGAGCGAAUCGCAUUCAUCCAAGGCCCCCAGCCACAAACCCAGACUCCAUCGGCUCAGGUCAACCAAGCACAGCCAGCACAGGCUCCUCCUCACAGCCAAGCACCAACCCCAGCACCUCCCCAGCCCAUGCACCAAAGACAACAAUCCGCACAACACACUCCCAACCCCCAGCACCAACAGAGCCCUGCCAUUCCUGUCAUCAUCCCCCAACGAAACCCCUACCCAGUGGGUCCUCCGGGGCCUCCCCCUCCCGGGUAUGCUUACAGUCAAUACGUGCCUAUGCAAGGAGGAGUUGUCACCCACAUGCAACAGCCGUACGCUCCAGCCAUCAACAACUGGAGAAGAUAGGUGCUUUGUAUUAUAAGAUCCGCUGGUCUAUUGCAUAUCUGUAGUCUACGUAAUAAAUGAUGAAUCGACUUGGUGUAGGCAAAAAUUUAACCAGUGUGCUGAAUGGAGAAGACCACGAAGUGGUAGACUCUGAAGGGGAUGCACUACCACAAGUUGGAACACACACAAGUACACCCAAAUUGAGAUAGAUUCCCACAAGUACAGCAUGGAUAGUUAGAAUCCCACAAAAUAGCACGGCCUAAAUUAGAUACAAUAACACAUAAUAGUACAGGCCAAAUUAGAAGGUCCCCACAGAAUGGCCAACCUAAACCAUUAACAUCCCUACAAAUGGGAAACCAGUUAGAAUCCACUAAGUAAGCUGUCUAAACCAUAAGGUUCCAUAGAUACAGCUUCAUCCUCCAUGA